CACAGCUCUUCUUUUCUGUCUUCCGGCGUUGUACGUCCGUGUGACGUAGAGACGUGCUGACGUCAAGCGGAAAUUUGCAGCAGCUAUUCUUUCUAGAAUUCUGUAGCAGUUUCGUGCUAGCCCACGCUAGCUAACGCUGUUUGCGUUAGGUUCUUGCUGGCAUAAUGUCUGGGAUAGACUACAGCGUGUGGGACCACAUUGAGGUGUCAGACGAUGAAGAUGACACCCACCCGAAUAUCGACACACCCAGCCUUUUCAGAUGGAGACACCAGGCACGUGUGGAACGAAUGGAAGAAUUUCAGAAAAAAGGUGAAGAUAUAAACAGGGCCCACCGUGAUUGCCGGCGUAAGCUGGCAGAGACGCAGAAGAAAAUACAAGAGCUGACAGUUUCAACAACGGAUGAAGCCAAAGCAGAGCUGACCAAAGCCCAGGCUGAGGAGAAGAAACUGAAAAAAGAGGAACGGGAGUGGGAGAAGAAGAUGGAGGAACACAACCGGGAAGAGAAGAAGAUGCCAUGGAACGUUGACACUCUCAGCAAAGAAGGUUUCAGCAAGAGCAUUGUUAAUAUCAACCCUGAUCCUGUUGAAGAGACCGAAGAAGAGAAGGAGAAAAAGCAUAAAACCUUUGUGGAGAAAUAUGAGAAGCAGAUCAAACAUUUUGGCAUGUUACGACGUUGGGAUGACAGCCAGAAGUACCUCUCUGAUAACCCUCAUCUAGUAUGUGAAGAGACUGCCAACUACCUGGUCAUCAUGUGCAUUGACAUUGAAGUUGAGGAGAAACACGCAUUGAUGGAGCAGGUGGCUCAUCAGACCAUCGUCAUGCAGUUCAUUCUUGAGUUGGCAAAAAGCCUCAAGGUGGACCCCCGUGGUUGCUUUCGUCAAUUUUUUUCCAAGAUUAAGACAGCAGAUCAGCAGUACCAGGAAGCUUUCAAUGACGAGCUGGAGUCAUUUAAGGAGCGGGUUCGGGGCAGGGCAAAAAUCCGCAUAGAAAAGGCCAUGAAAGAAUAUGAGGAAGAGGAGCGACAAAAGCGCAUGGGGCCUGGAGGGCUAGAUCCUGUUGAAGUAUACGAGUCACUGCCACUCGAGAUGCAGAAAUGCUUUGAUGAGAAGGACAUCCAAAUGUUACAGGAGGUUAUUAGCAAAAUGGACCCAACGGAGGCGAAGGCUCACAUGAAGAGGUGCAUAGACUCGGGGCUCUGGGUCCCCAACUCCAAGAUGGAUGAUGGGGAUGAAAAAGAGGAAGAUGCCACCUAUGAGGAGGUGAAACAUGAGCAGGAAGAAACUAAGAAGGAAUGACCAACACUGAUCCUAUAAUUUGUUGUUUCUGCAAAUGUACUUACCUUACCCACUCUAUUGCAACAUGUGUAUGACUAGUUUGUCAAUCAAGGAACAAUGAAAUAACUUCUCUAAAAUAUUUAGCUGAGACUUAAGGGAUUAGCCAUCGCCUAACUGCACAACUACAUUGCAUCAGUAACUCCUGCUUGGAAAAGCAACUGCAGCUUGUGUAUAAGUCUUUUGUUUGUUUGGACAUCACUAAAGCUGUAUUCUUACAUUUAUUUGUAUACACCUGUCAGUUUGUGUGGGUGUGUAUGUGCACACAUGCCUGCCUGCUUUAUUUGUGCUGUUGUAUAGUUGAAAUACAUUCUAUACAUUUUCAGAUUGUGCAUAUAAUUAAUUUCUUUGUCAUUUCCAAAUUUAAGAUUUUUGUUAGAUUUUUUUUUAAGGCUUGGCAACCAAUAUAUUUAGAUGGUUCUUUCCCCAAAGUGACAUUUUCUACAAACUUGCUUAACUAAAGGUUGAAUUAUAUCCAACUAUUCAAGACCAAGGUGUUGUGGUUAUGUCUGGAAGCUGAAGGUGUGGGUGACGCGCUUUUCAAAUUAUAAAGUUAGAGGUCAAGAAUUUGAGUCAUAAGAGAUUCAUUAGAAAAUGAUUCAUCUGUGAGACCUGUAGUGGUGGUAACCACUGCUUAUUAACAUGGAGUGAGUGCAUCUGUGCAAGGGUUUUCGAAUAAAGCACUUGUAUUUGG